CAGAGAAUUGAAGCCUUAAUGCCAAUGGCAAUUGCUAUCUGCGUAUCAUUUAGGGAGAUUUAAUUAUUUUUAUAUAAUAAGAUAUUAAAGAAGAAACUUGAAUCUCUUCAAGCUUAGCGAAUUACCUUUAUGGGUCAAGAUAAUCUCACUCGCCAAAAGAGAUAUUCAACUGCCGGCGGUGGAGGUUUACCGAUAAAUAACUAUGAUGCAGCCGGUGGCGGAAGGAACCAUGGAUUUCCCGGAAUGCCUCGUGGGAGACAGAUGCACAAGAGGUUCAACAACAUUAAGAUCACAAUCCUAUGCGGCUUGGUUACGAUCCUCGUCUUGCGCGGCACAAUCGGCGUCGGGAAUUUGGGGAGCUCAGAAGCGGAAGCCAUCAACCAAAACCUGAUCGAAGAAACCAACCGGAUCCUUGCUGAAAUCCGCUCCGACUCCGACCCUACCGACCCGGAUGAACCUGAGUUCAAUCCUAAUGUUACAUACACUCUCGGGCCUAAAAUUUCGGACUGGGAUCAGCAGCGAAAGGUUUGGCUUUCUGAAAACCCUGAAUUCCCUAAUUUUGUUAAUGGGAAAGCUCGAAUCUUGCUCGUCACUGGUUCACCCCCUAAACCUUGUGAUAAUCCUAUCGGGGACCAUUAUUUGUUGAAAGCGAUAAAGAAUAAGAUUGAUUAUUGCAGGCUUCAUGGGAUUGAAAUUGUUUAUAACAUGGCUCAUUUAGAUAAGGAAUUGGCCGGUUAUUGGGCGAAAUUGCCAUUGAUUAGGAGGUUAAUGUUGUCUCAUCCUGAACUCGAGUGGAUUUGGUGGAUGGAUAGUGAUGCUUUUUUUACGGAUAUGGUGUUUGAGAUUCCAUUGUCCAAGUAUGAUAAGUAUAAUUUGGUUAUUCAUGGCUACCCCGAUUUACUGUUUGAGCAGAAGUCAUGGAUUGCAUUGAAUACAGGGAGUUUUCUGUUUAGAAAUUGUCAGUGGUCGUUAGAUUUGCUUGAUGCAUGGGCGCCAAUGGGACCUAAGGGUCCGAUUCGUGAAGAGGCUGGGAAGGUUUUGACUGCAAAUUUGAAAGGGAGGCCGGCAUUCGAAGCCGAUGAUCAGUCGGCUUUGAUUUACUUGUUCCUUUCGCAAAAGGAUCAAUGGAUGGACAAAGUUUUCAUUGAAAAUCAAUAUUAUUUGCAUGGUUAUUGGGCAGGGUUGGUUGAUAAGUAUGAAGAGAUGAUGGAGAAAUAUCAUCCGGGAUUGGGAGACGAGAGGUGGCCAUUUGUGACUCAUUUCGUUGGCUGCAAACCCUGUGGGAGUUAUGGAGAUUACUCUGUUGACAGGUGCCUGCGCAGCAUGCAAAGGGCUUUCAAUUUUGCCGAUAACCAAGUGCUUAAGCUUUACGGGUUUAGACAUAGGGGAUUGUUAGGCCCCAACAUUCAGAGGAUCAGGGACGACACAACGUCUCCUUUGGAGAUUGUUGAUCAGCUCGACAUCCGUCGUUCAUUGAAUGGAAAAACCAAAUCAAAGAGCCAGUGACCGAACAGGUAUUAAACAUGUCAUAUAGGUAAUGUACAGCAAAAAGAGGGGAAAUAACGUAGAGGGAAGCAUAAAUUGCCGACACA